AUGCAACUGGAAGCCAGACUCACAGGCGAGGAGGUGUGUGAGAUAUUUAAUGAUUAUUUUGUAAAUGUUGCAAAGAAUAUAGGAAGCAGUCAAAUAAAGGUUAAUGAUGAUCACCCGAGUAUUUUGGCCAUUAAAGAUAAUAUUCCUGAUCUUGAUCAAAACAAUUUUACCUUUUCCCCUAUUGAUCUAGACUUUGUUGAGAAACGUAUACGUAAAAUUAAUGUUAAAAAAGCCACUGGUAUAGAUGGCAUCUCACCUAAAUUACUGCAUUUUGCUAAACCUGCUAUUGUAAAACCUCUUACUGAUAUUGUUAAUUUGUCAUUAUCAUCACCGACCUUAUCUGACCGUCUUAAGGAAGCUCAAGUUGCACCUAUUCACAAAAAGAAUAGUGUUUUAGAAAAAGGAAAUUAUAGACCGGUAAGUGUUUUACCGGCUAUUUCUAAAAAUGCCAUAGAAGUACAAUUAGUACAGUACUUUGAUAAAAUCUUCAGUCCUUUUUUGACAGCUUUUAGAUCUGGUUUUGGAUGUCUGUCAACUUUAUUAAGAGUGAUUGAAGAUUGGAAAUUAGCCUUAGAUCAAAAUUAA